CAUGGUUGUCAUUAACAACAAUUAAUAUUUUUUUUUUUUUUUUUGAUAAACAAUCCAGUAAAUAUUGUUUUUAAUUAUAAAUAAUUAGUGUUAUUAUUGUUUAAAUAUAAAUAAUAAAUUUUUUAUAUAUUAAAAGAUAAAAUGUCAUGUCAUGCAUUGACUGGAAUAAAAAAUCUCACGAGAUUAACACAGGGAUACUUUUUGUCAAUUGGUAAUAUUAAAAAUUCAUCAUUAAUUUUACAAACAAGAUAUCGUCAUCAUUGGAAUCCAAAAUGGAAAAAAUUAAGAGCAGAAAAAGUAAUUAAAAUUAAAUUGCCAGAUUAUGAAAAUGACGAUAAUGAGGAUAUGUCUGAAGAAAGAGUUCGUGCUAAAUUAAAAGAACAUGGAUUACAACCAUCAAGACCAUGGAUGGAAAAACAAAUAUUUAUUAGUUGUACUGGUGCUGUUUUUGAGCCAUAUGUACCACCAGAAGGUGAUGGAAAAUACUCAACUCUAUCAACAUCGGGUGCUAAACAACGAGCUGAAUUAAUGGCAAAAAAAGGAAAAUCAUAUUGGUCAACAAAAAAAAUUAAACGUUUUGAGGAAGAUUUUAGUUUUAGUGAUUUUGAAGAACAAGCACAAGAAAUUUAUAUUAAAACUCAUGAAGUUGUUGCGGCAAAAGAUAAAGAAGCAUUAAGAUUAUUGGUAACAGAAAGAGCUUAUCCAGAAGUAUUACACAAUGUCAUGGAUAAAACAUUGAGAUGGAAAUUUUUAGAAUCACUACAGCUUCCACGUACUGUUCAUGUACGUUGUACUGAUGUCAUCACAAAGGACAAUGUUUUUGCUCAAAUAACUGUUCGUUUUCAUACUCAACAGACACUAGCUGUGUAUGACAGAUUUGGUAGACUAAUGCAUGGAAGUGAAAUACUAAAAAAAGAUGUUCUUGAGUAUGUUGUGUUUGAAAAACACUUGGCUAACAUGUAUGGAUCAUGGAGAAUUCAUGCUAAAAUAAUACCACCAUGGGCACCACCAAGAGAUUAUGGAUUAAGAACAUAUAUUGAAAAACCAAAAGAAACACUUGUUGGUUUUGAGCCAGAACCAGCAAGUGAUGUUGCUGUUCCAUCAACAAGUGAUUCAACAUCUACAUCUCAAACAGCUACUGUUUAAUUCAAUUUUUUUU